CAAACGUCACACACAUUUCAUACAUAAAACUUCCUACAUCACCAUUUCAAAUUCAAACAAAAAUUUACCAUCCCGAAAAACUGAAAAGAUUACACUCGGAAUUCCUGGAAACCCUUUAAACGUUGAUGUUGUUAUGGGAAAAAAUUAAUCAGUUAUCAUUCAUUUUGGCAAUACUCAUCACUUGGAAUGGCGCAACCAGGCUUCUUUCGAAAUUUUGGAAAUCUUACAACCGAAGGACACAAAUUCGAGUCGACGAAUCCUAGAUUGACUCAAGCAACAAACAGCAUCAAUUCUUUCGAUUCGAUUUCCCAAGAUAAAUUUCAGUGCACCUACUUCCGGUCUCGUUCUUCAAAAACAACAGAAAUGAAAAGUUCCGUCCCGUGGCUGGGUAACACCGCAGCCUCCGAUAUUUCGGAUCCCUACAGCGAUUCUGACAGUGAAGCAGACAACAGAAGAAAUGUAGCACGUUGGUUAGAAUCUCUUCCAACUAAUGAAGACUGGUAUGAUAUAGAAGACGAUUUACCAAACCGUCAGGGCGAUUUCGAAAAAGGAACACAUUCUGACCUCGAAACCCCUUCAAAAAACACCAAGAAAGAAGAAUUUGAUGUGCUACAACCAUCUGCCAGUUUCAAAAAUGACACACCAUCCAGUUCUAUGGACCAAAAAAGCACAAAGAAAAAAGUUACAAGAAGCAAAGGUUCCAAGCACAAGAUUUCCCCCGGAAAAAUUAAAUCUGGAAAAUUGAAGGUCCAUUUUAAAGAAAUUCCGACUGAAAUUCGUUCUGCAAAUUCCAAGUAUCACAAAUUAUCAGUGGGUCGGGAUGGUCAGUUGUGCAAUAGGUUUGAAAGCUUAGAGGAAACUAAGAAUACUGAUAGUAAAGAUCUUUCGACUAGUGAUGAAGGUAACGAAGAAAAGGCUAAACUUAGGAAAUUUCCAUAUAAUCUGAGGAGUUUAGAUUCCAGAAAAGUUGGUGAAAUGAUUGAGUCAAGAAUGAGUGAUUCUGAUGAAAAAACGAGUAGAUGUCAAAGAUCUUGUUCCAUCAGGAAUCAGGAAUAUCAAAAGAAAAUGAGUGGAGUUGAUUUAGCAAAUGGUGGAGCAAGAAGACAUCAAGUGGAGGAUUUGAAACCAUCAAGAAAACUGAAGUCGCCUUUUACUAAGCAAGCUUCAAGUAGUAAAACACCUGGCUUGUUUGCAGGGACACCUUGCACCUCCUCAUACAAAUUAAAUGAAUUGGAGGAAGCGAAAGAAAAUGUGCAACAAGUGGAUAGAGGAAGAGGAAAUCAAAACUAUAUUGACAGAACAGGAAUUGUUAAAUCGAAACUAGCAAGAAAUAAAAAGUUAUUAAAGACAGUCAAAGACCUGGUGAAUGUUAUCGAUAGCAAUGCAGAUCCGGUUUAUAAGAUAUUAAAAAAAGAAAGGAGAACUUUAAAGAAUCCAUCUAAAAAUAUACCACCACUUAUAAAUUCCAAGUUGGAGGAAAAGUUGGACAAGUCGAUGGAAGUAGCUUUGAAAAAGUACAAACGAACGCACGGAACUUGGGAAGCAACUGUGAAAAAACAAAGUAUUGAUCACUUGGAAGAACCACCUAGAAAGAAGAAGAAAAGGCCCGUGUUUUGAAAUGUUAAUUAAUUAAUUUUGCACAGUUUAAAUUUUGUUAAAUCACUUGGAGAAAAUAUAUAACAGAGAGUAACCGCGGAAACAAAUAUAUAUAUAUAUAUAUAUUGUUUUGAUAAACCUGUUUCAACGAAAAAUAGUAUCACGUUAUCGUAAGCAUAUUGAAUUUUGCAAGGUUCUUAUUUGUUGACAAACAGUAGAGUACCAUUGCGAGCUCCGCAGUCUCUUUUAAACCCUACAAAUUCGUAAAUCGAUCAAUAAAACGUUUUUCCUUCAUUAGAUAUUUCCCUUUUUCAUCAAUUAUAAAUUCUUUUCUACGGGAUUAGUCCAAACGCUUAUAGAGACAAGUGUUUUAUCUGUAUAAAUCACGUUCAAUGUGGAAUAAAUGUGGCGAAUUUUUAAUAGAUAA